GCAAUUGAGUGUAUGAUGAUGUAGAUGUCAUUGUCCAAAUGGUGUCUUCAGUGACUAUUAUACAUGACAUCUGGAUUUAAAAUGUAAUAUUUGUGUUACUGUCAUAACCGCAGACCUAUUAAUGGUAUAGUCAGUGACAGUUAUACCAAAUUUAUUUCAACAAGUUCAUGUCUCGCCUAGAGUGUUGCAGACGAUGCUUUACAUAUGCAAUGAAUGCCGGGACAAAGCGUCCCAACUGGUUUAUUUAAGGGGGGAAAUGAAAAACUCUUCCGCUAGUGCAGUUCAGAAGCGGAGGGCGUAAGAACACCCGUUUCGUGAAGAUGGCGGCUCCAGCCCUCAACCGCCGGGCCGGAUCCGUCAGUAGUAUUGGUAGCAGUCCGACGGCAACACCGAAUUCUAGUAUUAACAACAACAGAGUCAUUCCGUGUUAUCCCGAGCUUGAUUUCAGGUCUGGGAGUAGGAUAGAGGAGUUGAACAGGCUGAUCCAGGAAUUCAGUAAACAUGACCAGCGCGAAUAUGACGACCAACGAGCUCUGGAAAUUCACACGGCCAAAGAUUUCAUCUUUUCUAUGCUCGGUAUGGUGCAGAAGCUGGACCAGAAGCUACCUGUUGCCAAUGAGUACCUUCUGUUGUCAGGCGGGGUGCGGGAGGGUGUGGUGGAUAUGGACCUGGACGAGCUGAGCCCUUGCUCGCGUGGGACGGACUACGACAUGGACUUCACUCUGCUGGUGCCUGCUCUGAAGCUACAUGACCGCAACCAGCCAGUGACACUGGACAUGCGCCACUCGGCACUGGGACACUCCUGGCUCAGCCUGCGGCUGUUCGACGAGGGCACCAUCAACCGCUGGAAGGACUGCUGCACACUGGCUGACCACAUCAAUGGAGCGACUAACUACUUUUUCUCCCCGAUGCUGGUGGCCGACUGGUUCUACGAGUCGGUGGCGGUGGUGCUGGCCGAGGUCCAGAGGAAGCCCCAGAGGGGGAUGCCAAGGGUGGAGCGAGUGGAGCGCAACGGCACCGUCAUCUCCGUCAUCCUAGGUGUGGGCAGCAGCCGCAUGCUGUACGAUAUCGUGCCAGUGGUGUCGUUCAAAGGCUGGCCGGCGGUGGCCCAGAGCUGGCUGAUGGAGAACCACUUCUGGGACGGCAAGAUCACGGAGGAGGAGGUGAUCAGCGGCUUCUACCUGGUGCCGGCCUGCUCAUCCACGGGCCAGCCAGAGAACGAGUGGCGCCUGUCGUUCGCCCGCAGCGAGGUGCAGCUGAAGAAGUGCAUCUACAGCAGCCUCAUGCAGGCCUACCAGGCAUGCAAGUCCAUUAUCGUCAAGCUGCUGGCCAAGCCCAAAGCUGUGAGCCCCUACCACCUGCGCAGCCUCAUGCUGUGGGCCUGCGACCGCCUGCCGGCCAGCUACCUGGCCCAGGAGGACUACUCUGCCCACUUCCUGCUGGGGCUCAUCGACGACCUGCAGCACUGCCUGGUGAAUAAGAACUGCCCCAACUACUUCAUCCCACAGUGUAACAUGCUGGAGCACCUGUCGGAUGAGAUGGUAAUGCACCACGCCCGCAAGCUGGCCUCGGCCCGUGCCGACCCGGCUGAGCACCUUCGCUCAGCCAUCGAACACACCAAGGCCGCCACCAGGCAGACCCUGGAGCUCCAGAGGAGAGGGAGCUCGUCCGGCCUACCCUCCCCGCAGUCAGAGCUCGGCGCUGGAGAUCAGCACCAGUCCGACGACCGGCUGGCCAAGAAGCUGCAGCAGCUGGUGACCGAGAACCCCGGCAAGUCCAUCUCAGUGUUCAUCAACCCCGACGACGUGACCAGGCCACACUUCCGCAUAGAUGACAAGUUCUUUUGAAAGACUUUCCAUCCUAGCUGGAGCCAUAGUUGAUACGAUACUGGAUACUGCCCUUAUUGUGGAAACACCACAUGUAGACCCAAGUCUGUCACCAUACUGGGCUUUGUAAGCAUGCUGAACAGUCAUGACAGCCAGAGUACAUGUUGAGGAAAUUCUGAUGGAUUUAUGGAUUUAUGUGUGGAUUGUCUGCUGUGAGAAGGUAGUGUAUGGUGACUGGUUAGUGAUUGAAAAAGACUGAAGCUGCUCUCAGCACUGAGUAGACAGAGAAUUGUUACAGCUCCUCAAAGUGUUUUACCCCAGUGACCGAUAGUCAGUUUUGAAAACCUCACUAAGCUUCAUAUGAUUAUGUGCAUUGUCUUGACCUAUGUUGAGGACAAAUAUCUCCUUUUAACAUUAACUUAAUACAUAUGUUUAGGUGUACUGUAUGUCCUUUUUUUAAAACAAAUAAUGUUGCUUACAAAGUCUAUUUGCUUAUCUAUCCAUAUUGUUUCUGUAGGUAAACACUAGUCUCUACAACAGCCCGUGUCAGGUGUGAAUGUGAACUUUUCCAAAACGUACCAGAGCUCUUGCCAGCAUCUGGUUAUUAUCAUAUUAUCUGAAGUGCAAUUACUGAAACCUACUUUUUGUAACCUGAAUAAAAAGACCUAAUGACUAAUG